AGUGAGAUAAGUAAGGAGACAAUAGAGUCAUAGAAAUGAUUCUAAAAUAGUGAUGGGGAAAAUGUAAAUAUACAGAGUAAUGUGAUGUUUUAUGAUUUUUAUGUAAUUCAAUUAUUUGAAAAGUAUUUGUAGGAUAUGAAAAAGGGGUGUUUUUAUACUCACAAUGAAAUCAAUGAAUGUUUGACAGUGUUGGCAAUUUGUCCCUUGUGCUACAAAGUAUAAUCCUUAUUUGUGAUCUGCAGCAUUUUAUUUAACAUAUGAAAUGGAAUUGUAUUAUACAGAUAUAUGUAUAGAGAUAUAUUAGAUAUAGACAUGUGGUUUUGAGAAAAAUGAUAUGAAACUUGCAAACAUGUAAUUAUGUGUUAUUUUUCAACUAUAUGACAACUUUUUUGUUAACUUUUUAAUUAGCUAGGUUGUCCAUUGAUGGACAGCAUGCUGACAGCUUGGUGCCACUGUACAGCUCAAUGCUGCCACAGAGUUUCCUCCCACUGUUACAAUCUGGGGCAUGGCGAUUACACAGAACUAGGUUGGAGUGUCUGUGCCCACAGAUAAGCUCGCAUGACGUGUAAAUGACCUGGUGACAAGCUAUAGUCUACUUUUAAGACUAUAUAUUUAUAUUGAAUAUAAAUGAGUUUUGCUGUAGUGGCUUUUGUUUUUAGUGUUCAAUGAUGAUUUUUGAGAUAUAUUUAGGGCCAGUAUUUUAAUCUUAAAAGGUUGUUUAAUACGAUUGCAUAAUUCAUCAGACGCUGUUAACUAAGAUAUGUUCAAAUCAUAUUUACUUUACUAAUAACAACAGAAAUGCUGAUUUAUUCUGAAUGACAAGAGCAAUAUGUAGGCCUACAAUUCCAUUGCUUACUUGUGGUUUUGAUUCUAGAGCCAAAUAUUAGGGUUAGAAAGCAACCUCACCCUUUAGUUUGCCAGGUCUUACGACUAAAAGUAAGAAAAGAAAAAUCUGUCUUCUCUCAGUACUACCUCCAGAUCAUUCAUUACUGUUGGUCUGUAGGUCUCACCAGUUCAGUGAGAGUAUUCUGAAGGUUUCCAAUAAGUCAUGACCUUAUAUACUGAGAAUGACAAAAACAUUAGGCAGACUAUUAUUUAAUAUUAUAUAGAUGUGUUUUGCCCCUAUGUUAUAUUGUUGUAUUUUUGUACUAUUCGUGCGUGUUCUUAUAUUGCCAUUAUUGUAAACUGAUGUCCUCUUACAAUGAUUUAAAAUAAUAUAUAGAGAGAAUGAGCCGGGGUUAGGGUACCCUGCAACAUAGACUAUAUUCUAUCAGUUUUAUGUAGCCUGACAGCAUCACAGCACAUAUAUCAUUUAAUGAAGCAAAUGCAUUAAAAAGUAAGUGAGCCCAAACGGUCAAGUUUUUCCCCCUAAAGUCCUUCACAUAUUCUGUCUCUGAGGAUAGUGCACAGGGCACGAUAGGACAGUGCGGUAACACUGCGGAAGUGCGUCACAGACACUCGCCCUCGUGACUUCCCCGCGGUGGGUGGGGAGGUGAGUGAGGGGGUGGGGCCUCACGCGCUAGUCCUCGAGCGUGGAUGUUCUUUUUUUCACAGACUGCGAUUCUGUCACCCGGCGUGUGUUCACUUCAUUUAGACUCGUCUAAAAGCUAGAAGAUAAACCAUGAAGAUUUGGACAUCGGAACACAUCUUCAACCAUCCAUGGGAAACUGUGACCAAUGCUGCUAUGCAGAAGUAUCCAAACCCCAUGAAUCCCAGCGUCAUUGGUGUUGAUGUUUUGGACCGAUCUAUUGACUCACAAGGUCGUCUACACAGUACAAGACUUCUCAGCACAGAGUGGGGCCUUCCAUCUAUAGUGAAAUCUAUCAUUGGGAACUCUCGAACAUACACUUAUGUUCAAGAGCAUUCAGUCGUGAACCCUGAAGAGAAGACAUUUGAACUUCAGUCUACUAAUAUUACUUUUACAAACUUGGUUUCUGUGGAUGAGAAGUUAACAUACAAGCCUCAUCCAGAAGAUCCAGACAAAACUAUACUGACACAGGAAGCUAUCAUCUCAGUAAAAGGAGUAAGUCUAAGCAGCUACUUGGAGGGAGUUAUGGCUAGCACCAUCUCUACUAAUGCUGGAAAGGGCCGUGAAGCAAUGGAGUGGGUAAUAAGACGUUUGAAUUCUGAAAUUGAAGAACUAGCAGCUACAGCCCGUGGAACCAUACGUACUCCUAUGGCAGCAGCCGCAGUCACAGAGAAAUGACUCCUGAGCCAUUUCCCAGAUGAGUCUGGCCAAAACUGUAUCUCCAUAUAUCUGUCUUCCUAUGAUGGGUUGGUGGUUGAUGGUGCUCUGGAUAUUUCAAUUAAGAUUUACCAUUUAAAAUGAAACUAGUUUCAUUGUGACUACAUUUUGGCAGUCACAACGAAAACAUACUCAGGGACAUGUUUAAAUCAAACCCUUGUAGAUGGGUGUCUUGAUGAAGAAGAGAGGAAAGCACAGGAUACACUAACAGUCAAAAUGUGCCAAAUAACAAGAUGAAGGAAACCCAUUGCUCUUUGGCUAUAUAUGGUUUAAACCAUGGACAAGACCUCAUAAUGCCAACAGAGCUUUUCUAUGAGUACUGUAUGUGAUUGUGGGUCAACUAGAAGAUGUUUUCUGUAAAUAGGGAUGAAAUGUAUUCCAGCAUCACUGAAUGUAUUUAUUAUUUUGGAGACCUUUCUUUAUGGGACCUCAAGAAAACUCUCUGCACAGAUGCCUGGUUAAAACUUAGCUAAUGCAAAAUGAAGGGAUCAGUACCUCUGCCAUAGUCUUGUUGACUAAGACUUUCUUAGAUGUUUCCUUGUUGUUUGUGUGAUUGUAGCCAAUUUAUAUGAAAAUAGGUUUUCCUAUUUGACAUGUUCUUACAGUUUAUGUCUUUUGGACAGUUAUUUGCACUAAAAUAUGUAACAAAAACUGCUGCUACACAUGCUGAAGGAGACGUUAAUAUCACUGUUGUGAUUGUUGUUACAGUUACAUUUAAGAAAGUCUUUUGUACCGGACACCUUUGUGGUAAUUAUGCCAUUAGUUUCUUUAAAUUAUAUUGUGUAAUAUUUAUUUAGACCUAUGGUUUGUUUUGAGUGGGUGAUAUGAUUUUGGUAUACUGAAUAUAUAUGCAUAUUUCAUGUUAUGAUAACCGAAAUCUUGCAAUAAAACAUGAAUUUGUUGUGU